CAGGGACGGCGUCCGGCGCGUUCACUUCCGCGUCCCGCCGCCCUCCGGUCCGCGCGCGCCCAGCCACCGCCGCCAUCGGACAAUAGGCCGCCCGCCCGGCUGCCGUGAACUUCCUGCCGGGGCCCGGCCGGCCCGUGUGCCCCGGGCCCUGAUCUCUCUCCGCGCCGGCCAGGAUCGCAGCUCCGCGCCACCAGGGAAAGCAGCGGAGGACCGAGCGCCCGGGACGUUCCAGCGUCUCCCGCCGCCGCGCCUUUGCUUCGGCCCGGCGGGUCCGCGGCCUCUGCGCUCUUCGCUCUGAGCGACUUAACCCCGUCCAGCGGCUGCUGCCUUGUGGGUUUCCGAGUUUGGUUGCUUAAGGAGGAUGUGAUUUUUUCACCCCCCUUAUUUCUUUUUCCUUUUAUGAUUUGAAACAGAGAAAAGAACUCACAGCCAGCUCCGACAGCGAAGCGCCACCAGCUGCCCCCACGUGGACACCUCUGAGAGGAAAGGGAAUUGGAAGCAAACUUGGUCCAAGUGACUUUGAGGCCUCACCGUCGGCUGGACUCUAAGGCCUGGGGUCAUGACUCUCAUGCUGGGCAGGUGGAAGGCCUUGCCUGUCCUGGGCUGGACGUGAGUCUCUGCCCUUCGCCAGCACCUCCACCGGCCCGCCUCCACACACUCAAUACCCAGCAUCUAGGCUAGGCCCGGACACUUGUCAGCAACAUGGAUAAGUAUGACGACCUGGGCCUGGAGGCCAGUAAAUUCAUUGAGGACCUGAACAUGUAUGAGGCCUCCAAGGAUGGACUCUUCCGAGUGGACAAGGGUGCAAGCAACAACCCGGAGUUUGAGGAAACACGCAGGGUGUUUGCCACCAAGAUGGCCAAAAUCCACCUGCACCAGCCGCACCAGCUCCUGCAGGAGGAGACCCUGCCCAGGGGGAGCCGAGGUCCCGUGAAUGGUGGGGGCCGCCUGGGCCCACAGGCCUACCGGGAAGCUGAUGGGGGCAGCAAGGUGACGGGGGAUGGCGCUGCAAAGCCUCCUCUCGCUGCCUCGACAGUGGCCCCUGGGACAGCCACAACCAUCGCGGCUGGGCAGCCCUUGUCCCCACCCCAGGAACAGAGGGCCAAGCUGUGUGUCCGUGGCGCGAGGCAAGGCAGCCAGGACUGUGGCUCCAAGGAGAGCGUGACGAGUUCUGAGAUGUCUGCUCUCCAUCGGCCGGGCCCCUGUGAGGAUCCUUCCUGCCUCACCCACGGAGACUAUUAUGACAACCUCUUUUUGGCAAGCCCCAGCUGGGGCGAUGAACCAGCAGUGUCCCCCAGCAUCAGGCUGGGUGUAGGAAGUGGGUGGUCUGGCACGCCAGGGAGUGGCCCACCACUGUCCACACCCUCCAGGGACCAUCACCUAUACCAGCUGCAGCUUUCCCCGAGCUCCAGCAGAUCAUUGCAGAGCAGCCAGGAUGGUGGUGUUGGUGGCCACAGCAGUGAGAAGCCAGCAGCUCUUUGGACCACCGCCUCCUCCCAGCGAGUGAGCCCUGGCCUCCCCUCCCCAGGCCCAGAGAACGGGGCCCUACCGAGACCUGCUCAGCCCAGGACCCCUUCUUUCUCAGUGCCCCUGGCCCUGAACCGCUCCAGUCAGGGACCUCUUCCAAGAACAAACUCGGGGGUAGGGAGUGAGGUUUCAGGCAUGAUGCCCAAACCCACUGUGGACCCUCAACCCUGGUUCCAGGAUGGCCCCAAAUCUUACCUCUCUAGCUCUGCCCCUUCAUCCUCGCUAGCCAGCAUGGACAAUAUGCAGCUGGGUGCAGUCCCUGGGCCGGGUCCCAAGCCUGGCUGUACAGACGCUGGCGCUGGUCCCAAGCUCAGCCUUGUCCAUCCAGUGAUGUCCACCCUGCCUGAGUUAUCUUGUAAAGAAAGUCCCUCUGGCUGGUCCUCUGAUGGCAGCCUGGGGCCUGUGCUCCCAGAGAGCCCCGGUUCCCCCAGGGUGAGACUGCCCUGCCAGACCCUCAUCCCGGGCCCUGAGCUUGGACCCACGGCUGCCGAAUUGAAAUUAGAGGCCCUCACCCAGCGUCUGGAGCGUGAGAUGGAUGCUCACCCGAAGGCCGAUUACUUUGGAGCCUGUGUGAAAUGCAGCAAGGGGGUGUUUGGGGCCGGCCAGGCCUGCCAGGCCAUGGGGAACCUCUACCACGAUGCGUGCUUCACCUGUGCGGCCUGCAGCCGGAAACUGAGAGGAAAAGCCUUUUAUUUUGUCAACGGCAAAGUGUUUUGUGAGGAAGACUUCCUGUACUCUGGUUUCCAGCAGUCUGCUGACAGGUGUUUUCUUUGUGGACAUCUGAUCAUGGACAUGAUCCUUCAGGCCCUGGGGAAGUCCUACCACCCCGGCUGCUUCCGCUGUGUCAUCUGUAAUGAGUGUCUGGACGGGGUACCCUUCACUGUGGACUCAGAGAACAAGAUCUACUGUGUCCGGGAUUACCACAAGGUGUUGGCCCCCAAGUGUGCAGCCUGUGGCCUUCCCAUCCUUCCACCUGAGGGCUCAGACGAGACCAUCCGAGUCGUGUCCAUGGACAGAGACUACCACGUGGCGUGUUACCACUGCGAGGACUGCGGUCUGGAGCUCAAUGAUGAAGAUGGUCACCGCUGCUACCCCCUGGAGGACCACCUGUUCUGUCACUCCUGCCACAUCAAGAGGCUGGAGAAGGGUCACUCAUCCACAGCCCUUCACCAGCACCACUUCUAGCCAGAGCCUCCUGCAGACCUCACGGUGGGGAGGAGGAGCCAGGGUUGCACCAUGAGAAGUCCUCGGGUUAAUUCCUGUCACCUCUGGGGAGGGAUUGGGGGCGGGGGAGGGGAGGGGAGGCAGGUGCCUUUCCUUUAAACAAGGAGGGGAUCCCUGCUGGUCUGGGAUUAUGUAUUUUCCAAGUGCCUUUCACUGCUGCCACACCCUCAUCAGAUUACUCAGGAAGAAGCCCCAGCAAGCGUGGCAUGUGACAGGAGAUCUCAUUAGUGUGACUGAAUGAACCUUCCUGUCCCCUCUGGGAAGAGUUCACACUUCAGUGGGAAAGGUUUGCACUGAAGAGAGAUUUCAGCUGCCGAUAUGUUCAAUCCUUUCCCUCCCCUUCGGAAAAUACCUGCACCCAAACACCCCCUCCCAACCCCUCCCCCGCCCCACACACACCAUAAUUUAAGAUUUCCUUCCACUCCAGAGCUUCAGUUCUUCUGUAGAAUGGCUGCAAAUUUUAAUUGCAUCAUUGCAAGAGGGAUGCUCUAACGUGUGCUUUGUAUCUUAGGAAGAAUUCACUUGGUAAAGCAGAGCCAAGGUGUGAAAUAAGUGAGAUGGGGUUUUCUCCCUGUGGCCUGAUAGCAUUCUGUGUGCCCCUGGAAAUUGUCACUCCUUUAAAGGCAGCUGGCGGCCUGAAGGAGGAUUGAUCCUGUUCUAGGAAGGAAAGUGUGCUUUGGGAUGAGAACUUGGUGCAGGCGCCAGGCCUCUUUUGCCCGCCUGUUGUGCUUUUUUUCCUCUGGAGCUCUCAAGAAUCUGGGACUUCAGAGUUCCCCCUGCACAGGCUGGUCUCGGGAUCUUUUGUGGGGAUCCUCUUAUGCCUAUUUUCGCUUCUUUAACAAUGGACUUUGGGGAUGUGUGCCCACAUGCUGAGACCUGACCCCUUAUUAAUGAGGAGAGUUUUUGUGUGUAAGCUCUCAAAGCCAGCCUGGGAGAGAGUGCCUGAGCAUAAGUUAUGAUAUUAAUUUCACAGGUUUCUCUCUUGCCAAUUCAGGCAUUAUGCUUGAAGAAACCAGUAUAAGGUACACUGCUUUUGUCUGUUUUUUUUUUUUUUCUUUUUCUUUCUGUAAAAAUUGUUUCCCUCUACUUUCAGUCUCCCACACACAAAAAAUACCUCACAGAUAAGAGCUUCAGAUUAAGGAGGAAUUUGGCCAUCACACUGGACUCAGCCAGUGUGUGUUAGGAACCUCCGGCUUCACCCAGGUCAGACCAGUGGGUCCGGGCACUGUAAUCUUAACUAAAGUUCAGCUGGGAAUAGAUCUGAUUGAUACUGGGUGCUCCUGCCUUACGCAUUUCAUCAUGCUGGCUCCCCGGGAUGGCAAGGGCUAAGGGAGGGCCACCUACUGGCAGGAUUUCCAGGCCACCUCUGCUCUGAAGAGGCAAAAUGUGCCCUGUGUGUCACACUGCUGAGGCCAGAGGUCAAUACCCCUGGGUAUGUCAAUGAGAAGAAAGUGUGAGAAAAA